UCUCAUCAUUUCCUCCCAGGGACAACUCAUCAAACUGUACUGCUACCGACAAGAAGGCCAGGGCACAUAAAACCCACGCCCAACAAAAUAUCAUUCCCCUUCUGCUGAUCAAAUCUCAUCCUGUGAUGCAAAUUUCCUAAUUACCCCAUCAGCGUUCAGAAGACAACGAGUUCUUCACGAGGGCAUACCUGUCAUUUCGAUAACAAUCCUGUCCCAAUUCCAACAACUCCCACGUCACCCCUCCCCCUUCCAAUUCUGAUUCCCCGACAACCAGUUCAAAAAUCCCAACCACGUGCCCACCACACGCCAAAUCAAAACCCCGUUCCAAUCUCCUCACACCACCCGUCCGAUCAAACUCCCCCUUCCCCAUCCAACGGCGUAUAAUCAUCCAACUCUCUCUCUCUCCUAAAUUCAAUCAAAUACGCCCAAAACGGAAAAGUUACCUUUUCCCGGCACCUGAAUCGUCCCCAGAGAAUGGAAGAAACCGACAAAAACAAAAAACGAACAGGUCGAUAACCGGCACUUGUCGGUUACUACUUUUUGCCGCGCCCAGCCCAAACGAUUCAGGCAUUUGUACUACCUCAGACAACCAAUACUCACGCGCCACGUGUCCUAACGCCCGUAACGUCUGUAACCACUUUACACCCUCGCCGCCCCACGGAUUCCAACCCCUCUCUCUCUCUCUCUCUCUCUCUCUCCAUAUAUAUGCAUACACGUAUGGCAUUAUCUUUACUGUAGCGUUUAGGAAUUUGUUCUGAGGAAAUGGAGAGAGGUUUCCAAGCAUUGCUUUUGGGAGGAGAGAGUUCGGACGACGAUUACUCGGCGCCGGCGUUCAUUGGUACGACCGCAGACGACGCCUGCAUCAGCGCGUUGUACUCUUCUGCUAUGAACGCUCAGACGUCGAAGUCGUUUCUGAGCGACGAGAAGUAUCUGUUGCAGUCGGUGGAAUACGGUUACGGAGCUGUGCCGGCGGCUCCGUCGGUCGAUCCGGUGGCUUGUGGUUAUGAGUCUUACGACGUCGUCGGGGAUUGGAAACUGAAGUCCGUCGGAUACGCCGACGAGAAGCUCAAAGCGCCAAAAUAUGACACGUUGGACUACGAAUCGGUCACCGACGUCACUGAGCCGCCGUUCGAUUUCUUGUCUAAAAGCUCCGGUUCAGUCUCUCGAGAGUUCGAUUCGACGUUCAGUCAGCUACCUGGCAUGAACUCUCAGACGUCAACGUUUCUGAGCCUCAGCGACGAGAUGUACGUGCUGCAGUCGCUGGAAAAAUACGGUUAUGGAACUCUACCGGUGGCUUAUGGUUACGACGUCGUCAAAGAUUCGAAACUCAAGUACGUCGACUACGCGAAUGACAAGCUGAAAAUGCCGAAAUACGAAACGGUGGACUAUGAAUCGGUCAGCGACGUCGUUUCGACUGAGCUGCCGUUCGAUUUCAUAUCGAAAAGCUCCAGUCCAGUCUCUAGAGAGUUUGAUUCGAGAUUCAGUCAACUACCUGCCAUGAAAGCUCAGACGUCGUCGUUUCUGAGCAUCAGCGACGAGAAGUAUCUGCUGCAGUCGCUCGAAUGCGGUUACGGAGCUUUGCCGGUGGCUCCGUCUAUCGACAAAUCCGUUGAAUAUGUCGACGUGAAGCUCGAAGUGCCGAAAUACGAACUGAUGGACUAUGAAUCUUUAGGCGAACUCGUUUCGACUGAGCCACCGUUCGAUUUUAUAACCAAAACCUCCGGCUCGAACUCUGUAGUGUUUGAUUCGAGGUUCGGGAAACUCCCGAGCCUUCUUUCGCUUGAGCCGGUUCACGACAGCUUCGGACUCACCGAGUUGCCUAAAAAACGAGUCAAAUCUCUCUCGCCGGCGACAAGUAAUAAUAGCUACUUUACCGGUUCGAUCCCGCCGGAGAUUGAACUGAUGAAGGCGAGGAAGAGGAGGCAGAGGAUAAGCGAGAAGACGAGUUGCUUGCAGAAGCUGCUGCCGUGGGACAAGAAGAUGGACAGGGCGACGAUGCUGGAGGAGGCGUACAAGUACGUCAAGUUCCUCCAGGCGCAGGUUAGCGUUCUCCGGUCGAUGCCUGUGGAUUCGAGUUUUUCGACUCGAAACCCUGCAGGCAAUGGUGCUGUGAACGUGUUUGGAGGAUUGGGGAGGUUGAACAGGCAGCAGCUGCUUCAGGUGAUGGUGAACUCGCCCGGGGUCCAGACGAUGCUGUACUCGAAAGGCUUGUGUGUUUACUCGGUCGAACAGUUGGUGACUAUGAAGAAGGUUGCUGAGAGGAAGGCUCUGUAUCAACAGUUGGGGUGGAAUCCUUCGUUGAUCAGUUGAAUGCUCCAUCGCUAGCUAACUACAGGUACAGGUUCUCUAAUGGAUAUUUAAAAUUUUCGACGCCCUUUUUUUUUUUAUUCUUUUAUUUUGUUCCUCCUUUUUUGGUAGAUGAAAUAGAGGCACGUGUUGUGCACGCGUGGAUCAGGACUUGGGAUUUUUGAAAAGCUUGUUCUCUCAAGAAAAUGUUGAUUUUCCACGCUGUUUUUUAAAUUUUGUUCGGGAGUAAAAUGUGUGUAUUUGGUAGAUGACAAGAGACAGAGGCACGUGUUGUGCGCGUGCGGAUCAGAGUUUAGGAUUUUGGAAAGCUUGCUUUGAUUUUGGUUUUUGGAUGUUGAUGAUUUUGUGGUGGGAUUACUUAUAAGUAGGAGUAUAUUAGAGUUUUAAAGUUAAUUAUUUUUUUUGGUACUUCGGAAUGUUUUAAAG